GGAGUAGUGGUGGAGGCUUGAUGUUGCUGCACAUUGACCAAUACAGCCAACGAAACUGGAGAUACGUUUCUCUCUUUUUUGAGUUGAUAUGUGAACAUAUUUAUUAGUUUAAAAUGUAACAGAGGUUACAUGUGUUGAACUCACCUAUUUCCCACAUUUUUGUCGGCUCUUAAACGCAACUUGGGGCCCGCCUUCGGAUCUCUUCGGCUGAGUCCGUAAACAGCGGCUGGUUAGCAACACGACCACAGGCAGGCAAGCAGGUACAGGUGUCCUCUUCGCAAAUGGUCGACGUAAGUGAUCGAGAGUUAAACUUUUAUUUUUUAGAAGCCUGCUUUUAGGAGGGUCAUUAUGAGAGGAAGGUGGGUGUGUGAAGAACCCCACCGCCGCAGCAGUAGUAGUUCACCGUAUAGGCUACAGACCACUGUCAGUCGCCUUUCGUCUUGCUUGUCGUCUCCUAGCUCAAACCGGUGUUAGCUUCACGUUUGUGGUCGUCUUUAUUUUUGUCGUCUUUUUCUAUUCUUCUACACACAAACUUCCCUUUCCCACCCUUAUUUGACACUUGAGUCGGAAACAAGCCCCGCGACGAGGAGGAGCAUCACACUGGUGUUUAUUACCCGUCGUGGACGAGCCCACGGAGUCGAGAAAAGACAAGAGCCGGACUCGAGACAACAUGUUCGAGACAAGAGGCAUCCCCUUCGUGGUACUCGACGUCGUCUGCCUCGUGCUAGCUGGACUCCCGUUCGUAAUACUCACUGCGCAACACAAACCUUUCCGCCGAGGCUUUUUCUGUAACGAUGAUUCAAUCAAGUACCCGCUUAAAGAGGACACCAUUUCCUAUCAGUUGUUAGGAGGUGUCAUGAUUCCACUCACAGUGCUCACUAUGAUCUUUGGCGAGUGCCUCUGCGUUUAUCUCAAGCGCCUCAAGUCCAAGUCCUCGUUCGGCGGCUAUGUGGCCCGCGUGUACAAGGCGGUCGGCACCUUCCUGUUCGGCGCCGCCAUGAGCCAGUCGCUGACCGACAUCGCCAAGUACUCCAUCGGCCGCCUAAGGCCACACUUCCUGGACGUGUGCAAACCUGACUGGAAGCUCAUCAGCUGUUCAGCGGGCACCUACGUGGAAAACUUCACCUGCACCGGAAACCCCACCAUGGUCAACGAGGGCAGGUUGUCCUUCUACUCGGGCCAUUCAUCGUUCUCCAUGUACUGCAUGUUGUUCCUGGCGCUCUACCUGCAGGCUCGUCUGCAGGUGGACUGGGCCCGCCUGCUGAGACCCACCCUCCAGUUUUUCCUCAUCGCCGCCUCCGUCUACACAGGCUUGUCCAGGGUGUCCGACUACAAGCACCACUGGAGCGACGUGCUGACGGGCCUCCUGCAGGGGGCGCUGAUGGCCAUCCUGGUGGUCUUCUGUGUGUCCGACUUUUUCAAGCAGCCUCUGGACUCCCGCAAGGAGGAGGACAUCGCCCACACCAGUCUCCAGGAGACACCCACAAACAGAAACCACUUUGAGAGUCCCAACUAAAGCCAAAGGAGCAGGAGCGAAAGAACCAGACUCUGCUCACCUGGGAUGGUAGUUCUCCAGCUUUGUCAUCGCCUGCAUGCAGAGCGUGUUUUGUUUUUUUUGUAAAUGGCUAAGGACAUGAGGAUGGCAAGCAUUUUAGCGUGAAUCUACUGAGUCAGUGGGAAGGAAGAUUGUACUGCAUGCACCCACUGGAGAGCAGGACGAGACCACUACUUGGGAUGGGUGGGGGGUGGGCGGGGGGAGGUUUGAACCUGUGAAUGUAAGCCUGCUUUGUGCAUUUCUUUACUGGGAGCCAAGCUGCUUCAAGCUCCCUCACUGAGGUUCACUUUGAGGUCAACUACUGCGUGUCCAUUAAAGGGCUAAUUUAAAGAAUGUCCCACGUAAAGAUGCUCCUCUUUGGCGAUGAAGACAGAAUCGACAGGUUUGUUUGCAUCCUGUGAUGCCUUCUUCACAUAAUUGCUAUUGCUGCUGCCGCGUUUCCCCAAAAAUGUUAAUAUAAACACACCACCACUAUGUAUGUUUGUCUCAUCUGUAUGUCGGCUGUUUAGCAUACAGACUUUUAUUGAAAAAGUUAAAUAUGUACAAAUGUCUAAAACAAGAAAGAAAAAAAGGAAAAAUAAAGCCAUUUCACUUAACACUAACAAAACGUGUCAUUUU